CGGCCGACGCCAUGUGCAGCAACGACGCCGACCGCGGACCGCAGUCGGUGGCCUUCGCCGGACUCAAGGGCGAGGCGGGGCCGGCCUUCGGCGCCCUGCACGCCGCUCUGGCGCCCGCCUCCCUGGCCGAGUCCUACAGACUGCAGCUCUACGAUUACGCCCAGGCGGCCAACAGGCUGCGAUUCGCCCAGCACGCCUUCGUCCCGUCGCCCUACGGACUGUCCGCCUACCACGAGGGACAGGCCCUGGUGCCCUACGGCCUGUCGCCCUUCGUCCGGCUGGAUCCCCGGACCCAGAUGAUUCAGGAGGAACCCAAGCCGCAGCACAGCUACAUCGGCCUGAUCGCCAUGGCCAUCCUCAGUUCGUCCGACAAGAAGAUGGUGCUGAGCGACAUCUACCAGUACAUCCUGGACCACUAUCCGUAUUUUCGCAACCGAGGACCCGGAUGGAGGAACAGCAUCCGCCACAACCUGUCGCUCAACGACUGCUUCGUCAAGGCGGGAAGGAGCGCCAACGGCAAGGGCCACUACUGGGCCAUCCAUCCGGCCAACGUGGAGGACUUCAAGAAGGGAGACUUCCGGCGACGCAAGGCCCAGAGGAAAGUGCGCAAACACAUGGGACUGGCCGUGCCCGACGACGAAGACAGCCCCGGACCCACUCCGCCCCCCGACCCGCGGGGAGAGUGCCACCGGACCCCCUACUUUCCGGCCGAUCCGCCGGCGGCCAAGAAGAUCCGGCGCAAGAGACAGUUCGACGUGGAGAGUCUGCUGGCCCCCGAUCCCGUCACCCGCCGAGGGACUCCUCCCGGCCCCGAGCGCCGUCCCCUGCCCUCGCCGGGGGCCGAGGGACCGGGAGCGGAGGAGGGAGGAAGAGGAGCGCCCGCCCCGCCGGGCCCCGAAGGGUCGGUCCGGCCGGGGGCGGAGACGGAAGCGGACUUGGCCGCCGGAAGCGAGCCCGGGUGGACCGGCUUCCCCCUCUGCACCUUGCCCUUGCCUCCGGCCUGCUGGACCGGCGGCGGCGGGGGUUCGGUCCUCCCCACCUACGCCGGGUCGGCGGGAGGGCCGCGGCUUCCGGCGGCCUGCGAUCCCCGCGCCCUGGCCCGGCGCUGGCGUGACGCCGUAGGACGGUUGGUGGCCACUUCCGACGAGGCGGACGAGUUCGUCAGCACGUGA